AUGCAUCCAGACAUAAGUUUCUUUGACCUGCGAUCCUUCUGUCAUAUUUUCAUUUUACCUCUAGAGGACAUCAUAGUGCGUAGAAAUUACAUAUUCCUCAAGGAGGAGCUGUCAGCCGGAUAUAUAUGCCCUUUUCUGUAUCAGGAGGGGAUCCUUUCUGAUCAUGAUCUUGACAUAGCUUGUAGUCCCAAUCCCAGAUGUGUACAGCUGGAUAUACUGCUGAAACUUCUGCUCCGCCACGGGAGAUCUGCAUGCAACAAAUUUGUCAACAUCUUAUCAGCAAGCGGAUAUGGUUACAUUCUUCAUACUUUAAAAAAUACAAAGGACUUUAAAACCAAAGAAGAUUGCUCACAGUGGCAAAGUGAUAUAACAAUACACCAUAUAAACAUGGAAGAAACAUUCCUGUGCAAAACCAUUGAAGCAAUCUCCAUCGCUGAUUUCAUGUUACAAGAGCUACUAGACGACAAAUUCUCUCUUUAUGACCAUGACGAGAUCCAAAAUCAGAAUUCGAAAUCGAGGCGGUCUAGAGCUCUUCUUAAGAAGGUUAUAAAAGAUGACCCUGUCGUUUUGAACUGCUUCCUUUGCGCUGUCGACUGCUUACGUCAUGUGUUACCCGGGGUGUCAGUCAUCGAACAUAUGAAGAAAACAAACCUCAGCAAGACAAGAGGUGGUAGUGAAAAACAUGUCAGUGUGUUAUUCCAAGAUGAGCAUUUGCUGAAAGUGGUCGAUGUGAACUGUGAAGAUGACGAUGGUGACCAUGUACUCAUUUUCAAAUUCAGAAAUCAACAUCUGCGGAAAAUACAGGAAUUGGAAAAGGUGCUAGUGCGCAGAAUCCAAAACAAUGAUUCAAAACUAGAUGAACUGGCCAUCAGAUUCAUGCAUAUGAGCAUACAGGAUGGCCAUGCCGGGUCCAUAGUUCUAUAUUUGAAGGCCCUGACAAGUACUGCAGCAGAGAACCUGGACAAAAACAGUUUGAAGACGUUUAUCCAGAAGAUUCUCCAGGAUUCUCAAAUCUUGGGACUCCUUCCAUUGGGAACUCUACAGCUUCAAGUAGAAACAAUAACAAGUGGAUUCAUGGAAGGAAAGCAAUGGGAAGUCGACAGAAGUUCUCUGGUUGAGUUACUUGCAGACAACAGAACAAUAUUGGAGGACGAGUUAGAACCAUUUCGUUUUCUUACACGCUUCCAACAAGAUGGCAUAUUUUCAGAGAAAGAGGUAAACUGGAUUAAGAGGCUGGGUAGUAGGCGAAAUAGAGCAAGAGGAUUCCUCAGUUUAUUGCAAGGCAAGAGAAAGUCUGCUUUGGAAGUCUUUGUGGACGAAUUAAAAAUAUCAAAAGAAACUUUUAUAUUGGAGCAGCUAUUUCCUUCGACACCCACAGCUUUUCAGUGCAAAGAAUGCCAACGUAGUACAAUCUUAAAGAAUUACAACGAGAUUCGCGAUGAAAUAGAUGUGAGAAUUUUAGACUACACUGAUCCGCCCUGUCACUCACACCACACGAAUUAUAAAGACAGCAGGGGACGGUACAGAACGCCCCAGGCCCUCCUUAAGCAUGUGCUGGAGUGUGACACAGCUCUGGACAGAUUCAGUAAGGUCUCUAAAUCCAUAACAUCAUUGACCAGGUUUACAGAAUGCAACUGCAACUGUCCAGGUUACAAGAACUUUACAACUUUAACCCAGAGGAAGCAAAAUGUUUACAAUUUUCGGAUUUCAACUGUAUUACGGAAGAAAGAAACAGUCAAAACAAAAACCCCCUUUACAUCUCUACAACCAAAGAUUGUCACCUUUAAUGUAGAAGAAUUGCCUGUCCAUUCCUACACAACAGAAAAUAGAGGACUUCAUGAUACCAAGAUUCAAGAGAAGAAAACAAGCAAACGUGCAACAAAAAAGAUGGUGAAAAAAUAA